GAUAUUUCUUGAGAACGAGAGAUGGUAUUAGUUCUUUUGCCACCGACGAGAAGAGAAUAAAGCUUUGAGCUCGUAGCGUUCUCUAGGCUAAACUUUUAAAAACACUCUCCAUAAAAACUUAACAAGAGAAGAAUGGUGAAGUAACGUGGAUAUCAGAAUAGGCAAGAAAAAACCAAUUAUAACUUAAUAAGAAAAAGGGUCCUAAUAGCAAAAUUAGAAAAUAGAGGAGCCCAAAACCCUAGUCAAAAUAGAUCCGAGGGUCUUAAUUGCAAAAUUAAAAAACAGAGGAUCUCUCGAAAAACCUUAAACCCUACUCUCAAGUCUCAAUUCGGCGCGACGGACUCUUUGUUCACUUUUGUAAUUAAGAUUCUCUUGUAGUGUAUAUGGAGAUCGAUUUGGGAGCUAACGCGUUUGGUAUCGACUUCCAUCCAUCGACGAAUCUAGUAGCUGCUGGUCUCAUCGAUGGCCACUUGCAUCUAUACCGAUACGACUCAGAUUCUUCACUUGUCAGGGAACGUAAAGUUCGUGCCCAUAAGGAGUCUUGUAGAGCUGUUCGGUUCAUUGAUGAUGGCCAAAGAAUCGUCACUGCUUCAGCUGAUUGUUCAAUUCUAGCAACUGAUGUAGAGACUGGUGCGCAGGUUGCACAUCUUGAGAAUGCUCACGAGGAUGCUGUUAAUACUUUGAUUAAUGUUACUGAGACAACUAUCGCUUCAGGAGAUGAUAAAGGCUGCGUUAAGAUUUGGGAUACAAGACAGCGCUCUUGCUCUCAUGAGUUUAAUGCACACGAGGAUUACAUUUCUGGCAUGACCUUUGCAUCUGAUUCAAUGAAGCUAGUGGUAACAAGUGGAGACGGGACUUUGUCUGUCUGUAAUCUUAGAACGAGUAAGGUCCAAUCUCAGUCCGAAUUUUCUGAAGAUGAACUACUUUCUGUUGUUAUAAUGAAGAAUGGCCGUAAAGUUAUCUGUGGAACUCAGAAUGGUACUCUCUUGUUGUAUUCAUGGGGAUUUUUCAAGGAUUGCAGCGAUCGGUUUGUUGAUCUCGCUCCAAAUUCCGUUGAUGCUCUACUGAAGCUCGAUGAGGACAGACUUAUCACUGGAUGUGAUAAUGGAAUAAUUAGCCUUGUUGGAAUACUGCCCAACAGAAUCAUACAGCCGAUUGGGUCACACGACUACCCUAUCGAAGAUCUCGCUCUCUCGCAUGAUAAGAAAUUUCUCGGUAGCACAGCUCAUGACAGUAUGCUGAAGUUGUGGAACCUAGAAGAGAUUCUAGAAGGUUCUAAUGUCAACUCUGGGAAUGCAUCUGGAGCUGCAGAAGACAGUGACAGCGACAAUGAUGGGAUGGACCUUGACAAUGAUCCUUCCAAGUCUUCCAAAGGCAGCAAGAGGAAAACAAAAAGUAAAGCGAAUACGCUGAACGCUACAAAUAAUUUCUUUGCAGACUUAUAGAUUUUGUUUCAGAUUCAGUCUGGAUAGUAUAUCAGUUUCAUACCUGAAUUGUCUACUUGAUUCUGACAGUUUGUUAAAAAUUUUGGUUUUUAGUAAGAUUGUGUUUUGCAAAAUAUCUAACAAAACAAAAA